UUUUUAGAUUUUCAGUUUGAAUUCUGAAUCGGUCUGUUACGGUUUAUUGUAGCUCUUAACUAUAUUUAGCCGCAUAGAGCAUCAGCGUUUGCUGUCCUUAAGGAAGUACAAAAAGGACACGCACUGUAAUAUCCGAUACGUCUGUGUUGUUUGUGCGCGUUCGAGAAAUACAAUUUCUAAAUAAAAUCAAAAAUGGUUGAACAAACGAAUACUGCGAGUUCUAAUGACUCUAGCAAUAACAACAAUGUGGACAUUUACAAUAUUGCCACUGUAGUGGUUGAUAUAGUGUUGCUGAUAGUCAAGUUCUGGAUUGCUAUAGUGCAAUCGAUCAUCAAAUCAUUUGCGCCACACAAGAUCGAUGUCAAAGGUCAAACGGUAUUGAUCACCGGUACUGGACAUGGUAUUGGCAAGGAACUUGCUUUACAGUACAGUGCACUCGGCGCCAAACUUAUUUGCUGGGAUGUGAAUGAGGAAGCCAACCAGCAGACAGUGAAGGAAAUCAAGGCUUACGGUGGUGAAGCGCACGCCUACACGUGUAAUGUUAUCAAACGUGAGGAGAUUAACGCACUGGCCGAGCAGAACAAGAAGGAGCAUGGCUUUAUCAACAUUAUUGUGAAUAAUGCAGGAAUUAUGCCAUGCCAUCCAAUACUGGAACACACCGAGACGGAGAUAAGGAAUAUGUUCGAUAUUAAUGUGUUGGCGCACCUUUGGAUCAUCCAAGCCUUCCUGCCCGAUAUGAUCGCACGCAAUGAAGGACAAAUCGUCGCUUUGUCAUCAUGCGCCGGUUUUUUCGGUUUGCCCAAUUUGGUGCCUUACUGCAGUACUAAAUUCGCUGUGCGUGGCCUAAUGGAAGCGCUGAGCGAGGAAUUGCGACAAAAGUAUCCACAGAAUAAGAUCAAACUGACCACCAUCUACCCAUACAUGGUGGACACUGGUCUCUGCAAGCGUCCACAUUUCCGUUUCCCUGCCCUAUUCAAACUGGUUAAACCCAAAGACGCGGCGGCUGGCAUCAUUAGGGCACAACGCACCAGCGUGGAGCAUGUCAGUAUUCCACGUGAAUUUAUGUACAUAGAGAAAUUCUCACGUAUAGUACCACGGAAUGCCAUGCGUCUAGUUAGCGAUUUCCUCGAUGCAGGCGUGCAUUCAGAUAAAUGAGAGCAAAAGCGAGCGAGAAGUGAACUCGAUGAAAGUAAAAAACAAAAAAAUGUAUUAAACAUUUAAAGAGCAGUAACAACGAGAUGCCGCAUUUGUAUGCCGUUAUUUUUAACGAAACCAAAUUACCAAAUAUAUAUAUAUUAAGUAACUCUUGUAAUUCGCAAUGUACAAAUUUUUCU